AUCGCUACCACUGCACCCCUCAAACCCAGUGACCCAACCCACUACACAUCGGAGUCUCGCGCGCGGGCUCAAGCACUUGUUCUUAGCUGCUUAGCUGCUUUCUUCGUUGUAGGAACUGCAACAAUGGCUACCCCCUACCGUCUUCCUUGCUGCUGCUAUGCCCUCGUCACUGUGCUCGUGCUCUUCUUCUCCGUCGACGCUACGGAGGGCGCCAUCAGGGAGUACCAGUUCGAUGUGCAAAUGACCAAUGUGACGCGGCUGUGCAGCAGCAAGAGCAUCGUGACGGUGAACGGCCAGUUCCCGGGGCCGACGGUGUUCGCGAGGGAGGGCGACUUCGUCGUCAUCCGCGUCGUCAACCACGUCCCCUACAACAUGAGCAUCCACUGGCACGGCAUCCGGCAGCUGCGGAGCGGGUGGGCGGACGGGCCGGCGUACAUCACGCAGUGCCCGAUCCAGAGCGGCCAGAGCUACGUGUACAAGUUCACCAUCACGGGGCAGCGCGGCACGCUGUGGUGGCACGCGCACAUCUCCUGGCUGCGCGCCACCGUCUACGGGCCCAUCGUCAUCCUGCCCAAGCCCGGCGUCCCUUACCCGUUCCCGGCGCCCUACGACGAAGUCCCCGUCUUGUUCGGGGAGUGGUGGACGGCGGACACGGAGGCGGUGAUCAGCCAGGCGCUCCAGACCGGCGGAGGCCCCAACGUCUCCGACGCCUUCACCAUCAACGGGCUGCCUGGGCCGCUCUACAACUGCUCUGCAAAAGACACGUUCAAGCUGAAAGUGAAGCCCGGGAAGACGUACAUGCUCCGCAUCAUCAACGCUGCGCUCAAUGACGAGCUCUUCUUCUCCAUCGCCGGCCACCCGCUCACCGUCGUUGACGUCGACGCGGUCUACAUCAAGCCCAUCACCGUGGAGACCAUCAUUAUCACCCCUGGGCAGACCACCAACGUGCUCCUCACCACCAAGCCGUCCUACCCCGGCGCCACCUACUACAUGCUGGCCGCGCCCUACUCCACCGCCAGGCCGGGCACCUUCGACAACACCACCGUCGCCGGCAUCCUCGAGUACGAGGACCCCACGUCGUCCCCUCCCCCGCACGCGGCCUUCGACAAGAACCUCCCGGCGCUGAAGCCGACCCUGCCGCAGAUCAACGACACGAGCUUCGUCGCCAACUACACGGCCAGGCUCCGCAGCCUGGCCACCGCGGAGUACCCGGCCGACGUGCCGCGGGAGGUGCACAGGCGGUUCUUCUUCACGGUCGGGCUGGGCACCCACCCGUGCGCCGUGAACGGGACGUGCCAGGGCCCCACCAACAGCAGCCGGUUCGCGGCGUCCGUGAACAACGUCUCCUUCGUGCUCCCCACCACGGCGCUGCUGCAGUCGCACUUCGCCGGCAAGUCCAGGGGGGUGUACUCGUCCAACUUCCCGGCCGCGCCGCUGGUCCCGUUCAACUACACGGGGACGCCGCCCAACAACACCAACGUGUCCAACGGCACCAAGCUGGUGGUGCUGCCGUACGGCACCAGCGUGGAGCUGGUGAUGCAGGGCACCAGCAUCCUCGGCGCCGAGAGCCACCCGCUGCACCUCCACGGCUUCAACUUCUUCGUCGUCGGCCAAGGGUUCGGCAACUUCGACCCCGCCAAGGACCCGGCCAAGUACAACCUCGUCGACCCCGUCGAGCGUAACACCGUCGGCGUGCCGGCGGCCGGGUGGGUGGCCAUCCGGUUCCGCGCAGACAAUCCAGGGGUGUGGUUCAUGCAUUGCCACUUGGAAGUUCACGUCAGCUGGGGCCUGAAAAUGGCAUGGCUGGUGCUGGACGGAGAACGCCCCAACGAGAAGCUGCUGCCUCCGCCAUCGGAUCUGCCCACAUGUUAGACGACACGAGGAAUUGCUGGCCUAGUCGUCGCCAUCAACGGCCGUGAUUGAUCGGCCCGGACCAUCUUGGAACAGGGAUUGCGUGCUCUCUAAUUUGCACAGGAUAUCUUACCGUCUUUUGCUUGUGCUGGGGUUGGUGUUAUGCUUCCAUUUAGUGGUGUGCUUUUUCCGGCUUGAGUCGUCGUCUGGUUAGCUGUGUGAGAGACACGGGCAGGAAGGUCCGCUGAUGCUACUAGACAGACGCCAUUUAUUUUUUUGAUUACUUAUGAGUUACUACCAUCUUUUGUACUGCCUCGGUCCUAAAAUAAUUGACAUUCUUGUUUUUAAAAA